AUGUUAGUCACAGCCCAAAUCGAAGAGCUGCCUCGGGUUGCCGAUCUGGUAACAAUGAAGCAGUGUUCCCCUACGAUCACCAAUCCAGAAUCGAGGGUUGUGGACGUAAGAGUACGUCUAGGUGGAAGAUUCCUGCAGCGAAGUCGGGCCAAUCACGAGGACUCAGUCGAUAUCGAACAUCCAGUUCGUGUGGAUCAAGAAGCGAACCCAAAGUGGAAAGAUGGCCAGCUUUGCUGGGAGGCCAAGGGGAAAUGUGCUCAAGUCUACGCAGAAGCAAAGACCAAGCUACUGAGAGAGUUAGACCAGUCUCAACGAGAGUCUUUCUGUGAGAUUUGUGUGUCACUUUUUAUGGUAGGAAAGACGCCUCGAAAAGCGAAACCUAUGAUCAUAAUUUCCAGCGAAGACAAACGAUCACGGGAAGAAGCCAAGAGAGCCAUCACCAGAAGCGGCGUUCUGGCGGAUCUUGGCUUCGAGAUCGGGGUGCUUAAGUACCUCCCAUCAGGCCCCACUCAUCCUGCCGCCGGAUCACCUAGCGAAGCAUGUUGGGAUUCAGCAUCAGAAUCCGAAGGAUGGGAUUCAGAUACUUGGAAAGAGAAGACGCCUGAUCCUUCUUUCCACCCGAAUACGCCUGUCUCUUCAUCUGCCUACUAUGAUUCUAAACAGGGGCUACGAAUCACCGGAAUGCCCAUAUACGUCAAGACAGCAGAUGGUCGAUCAAGAAUGGGAACAGCCAAUGUCGUGCACAACGGAUCCAAAUACGGUUGUAUUACUGCAGCCCAUAUUUUCGGUCGUCUGCAUCAAAGCCCUUCUUCGAUCGAUGAUGACGAAGAUGAUCUCGGUAUACCAUUCGACAGCGACAGUGAUAGUGAGGACAGCGAAGACGAUUUGAACGAAAAGACAUCUUUCGCUGGGGCCCUGUUGUCAGGCUCAGUAAGAUCAAGACAAUCUAACGUCUUGCACGGAGAUGGUUUUGGUCUCGGGGGAGCUACUGGGCCUAGCGAUCUCUCUGAAGUCUCGAUAGAUCUGCCGCAUGGUCUGGCCUUACUUGGUCAUCUGGAGCCUGACCAGGAGCCCGAAAAGUCUUUGGAUUGCGCUAUCAUAACCAUCGAUGACCCUGGGCUUCAACGGACGCUCGACAGGACCAGAGUUCUCAAGGAAAACAAUGUCUCUCAUAUGUCGAGUUCUACAGCCGAGCCUAAGCCUUCGAUGGCUACAGCAUGGACCACUCAUGGUCCUAUUCAUGGUACUCUCAACAAAGUACCUGUUCUCAUGCGUCUACCAGGGAGCAUGUCGUUUCAGUCUGUAUACACCUUUGUGUACGAAGGUGAGAUCAAGCGUGGCGAUUGCGGAUCACUAGUCCACGACACUACUACUAGAGCACUGUACGGCAUGGUCAUCGCUGCUGCCGACAGGCAGCCCAUUGCUUACAUAAUAGCGGUGAAGGGAUUGAUGAACCAUGUCGCGAACGCAGGAUGGCAUUUGCUGGAUGCCAAUGAUGACUAUAUGCACUCUAGCGACAUCCAUGACGAAGCUGCGGAUAUUCAGACAGGACAUAUUUCUUCGACGGCUCCUUUAUCGAUAGACAAUCUUGAGUCAAUAUCAUCGCAACCGAACAAAUUCCAGACAGCUACACCCGAAGCACUAUCGACAGCAACAAACAACUCCCAAUCGGUCUCCUUGCCAACACGAAUAUUUGGAGUGGAAGAAUCACUAGCCAGAACUACUCAAGCCGUGUCUGGACAAGCACAUCUUACCGGGACAUCACAUCUUGGGCAACCACAGCCUGAAUGGAGCGCCCAAUUUGGGAAAUAUCUUGUCACCCUAUGGAAUGUACAAUAUGGACGCUACUACUGGCAGCACUACAUUGAAGUCCUCUUCACUGAGCCAGCAGGUGCCAACGCCCUGACCGGGCUGAAUCCCAUGGCCGACUACAACACGAGCCUGUCUAUGGUCAAAUACAAUGAAUACGUAGAUACCCAAAUACGGAGGUUCAUCGUCACGAAACGUAAACGCGAGUUCUUCUUCGCUGUUCCUAUCUUCACCUAUUACGGUCAAGCUACCACGAAGCAUGGAGUGGCUGCUGACGAACAUGCCAUUGCAUAUUCAUUCGGACAGCAACCGCAACUUGUACAUGGUGAAGCGCCAUUGCGGAAGUCUCCCAUCCCGAUUGUGAUGGAAGAAAAUAACAAGGCAUUAGCCUAUGCCUCCAGGAUCUUCUUCGCCGUUCAUCACCCGAUUCAAUACAAUGUCAAGGUCAAAAAUCUCGGUCACGUGCAUCCCGAUUAUCUACCCACCUUCCUUGGAUACUGGAACCAGGAGAACAGCGACUCAAGACAAGACAUUGAUAUCACCGCGGAUCAAGGUCGCGUGGACGAAGUUCAAGGUCAUGAGACCCAGGAUCCCGUAGACAUGUAUUAA